AUCACACAAACCAUCAAGCACACUUAAUUAACCACAAACACACACACAUUCAAUCUUUUAGUUGGUGUUAAUUAAAAACCAAUCUUAGCUAGCCAAUGGCUCUAAAAGGGGAACAAGUUAUGGGUGCAGUCCUGGUCCUAAUGGUCAUGGUUUUGGGUGGAGCCCAGGCUCAAUCAAGCACCUGCAUCAAUGCACUCAUGGGUUUGUCUCCGUGCCUCAACUUUGUAAGUGGGAACACGUCUACUCCUUCACCAGCAUGUUGCUCGCAGCUCUCGAGUGUGGUCCAGUCACAGCCGCGUUGCCUUUGCUCGUUGCUCAAUGGAAAUCUCCCCAAUAUCGGUGUUACGAUUAAUCAAACUCUUGCAGUCACAUUACCUGGUGCUUGUAGAGUGCAAACUCCUCCCAUUAGUUUGUGCAAUGGUGUUGCUAAUGGGCCUGCUGGUGCACCUGCUAGUGCACCUACAAUUGCCCCGACCGGCUCUACUGACUCGCCUACAGACCCUUCAGAAGGAACGCCUGAAGUUCAAGCUCCCACUGCGCCAUUAACACCAACUACACCUUCAGGAUCAGGAUCAGGAUCAAAGGCAACGCCAUCGACAAACAACAAGGCAUCACAUGGAAGCAAAUUUGGAGCACCAACUUACCUUCUGCUUCUCGUCGUCUUCUUUGGAAUGAAACUAUGAGAAUCAUGUUGUGAUUGUUAAAGAGCUUGUUGUUGGUUUCUUUUGAAUUUCAUUGCAUAAUUUUUUCCAUUUGUUUGCAUGUGUGUUUAGUGUUUUGAUUUGUUUUCUGUGUAAUACGUUAAAUCUUGUUUGAUAUAUAAACACAACAUAUAUAUGAUUGGUUUUUGUUUUACUUUUA